GUGGGUUUUACAUACACACAUUGUGCUGCCAAAAUCCAGAGGCCUGUUUGUCAAGCAAAACAUGGCAGGCUGUGAGCAAUCAGACCCACUCUGGGUGACUGUCCCCCCCCCCCCCCGAUCUGCUUAGAAACCACGGCUGCAAUUUGCUUUGUUUUCCUCUCUCCUAGUGCAAGUUUGCUGAGCUGCAGUGCAGGAAGGAGCGAGGAAAGAGGUGGCGCUCUGGAGAUCCCUGUGCCUUCUGAUCAGACACCUGGCAAGCCAUGCCUGCACCUUCUACCUCCUAGUUCCACCGCAGGGAACGGCCAGCCUCCUCUUCGAGCAACCGCUCCCAAAUCUCCAGGAGCAUUACACAGGCAGUCAAGGGUGGUGGAGAUGACUGAAAAUGGCGGUCACCAACUGGUGGUCAAGGCCCGGUUCCACUUCAAGCAAACCAACGAGGAUGAGCUGUCAAUCAACAAGGGCGACAUCAUUUACGUCACUCGCGUGGAGGAAGGGGGCUGGUGGGAGGGGACCCUCAACGGGAAGACGGGAUGGUUCCCCAGCAACUACGUCCGAGAAAUCAAGUCUUCUGAUAAACCACUCUCUCCCAAAGCCUUGAAAGGGGCUGAAAGCCCUCAACUUACCAAGAAUUACUAUACUGUGGUGCUUCAGAAUAUUCUGGAAAUGGAGCGGGACUACGCCAAGGAGCUGCAGUCGCUCCUGGGGAUGUACUUGAGGCUGCUCCAGUCUUAUGACAAGCUGAGCACCACCGAUAAAGCCUCGUUACUGGGAAAUGUGGACGAAAUCUACACCUUUCAGCAAACACUUAACCAAGCACUGGAAGAGUGUGCUAAGCUUCCAGAGCACCAGCAAAAGGUGGGUGGCUGUUUCCUGGGACUCAUGCCCCAGUUCCGAUCUCUGUAUCUUGCCUAUUGCGCUAACCAUCCUUCUGCAGUCAACGUCCUGACCCAGCACAGCGACGAACUGGAGGCAUUCAUGGAGAGUCAAGGGGCAGCGUGUCCGGGCAUCCUGACCUUGACGAUGAGCCUCAGCAAGCCGUUCACACGGCUGGAUAAAUGCAUCUCCCUUCUCCAAGAACUUGAGCGGCACAUGGAGGAGGCUCAUCCAGACCAUGAAGACGUCUUGAAGGCAGUCUCAUCCUUCAAGUCUCUUGUGUCCCAGUGCCAGGAGAUGAGGAAGAGGAAGCAGACUGAGCUGCAGAUCCUCUCGGAGUCCAUUCAGGGAUGGGAAGGCGAUGACAUAAAGACCCUGGGCAGCGUUAUUUACAUGUCCCAAGUCAUGGUCCAGUAUGGAGGAAGCGAGGAGAAGGAAGAAAGAUACUUCAUGUUGUUUUCAACUCUUCUUCUGGUGCUUUCAGCAAGUCCUCGGAUGAGUGGCUUCGUGUAUCAGGGAAAACUUCCUUUAAUAGGAAUGGUGGUGACAAAUUUAGAAGAUGCAGAAGGAAAUGAGCACACAUUUGAAAUUUCAGGAGGCGUGAUCGACCGGAUCACGGUGCACUGCAGCAGCAGCCAGGAGCUCCACGAAUGGCUCGACCAUUUCUACCGGCUGACGAGGGGAGCGGGCUCCAGCGGCAGCCUUUCCAAGACGCACUCCUGGAGUUCGCAUUCUACUUUCAGCUCCAUUGGACAAGUUCGUGGCCUGCUAGAGCCCCACAAAAUCUUGAAGCCCUGGACCUUAAGUUGCCUCCGACCUGCGCCUCCUCUCAGGCCGUCCGUGGCACUCAGUUACAAAGAGGCACACAAAAACGAAUGGUGUGAAGCAGGGAUGUGGAAGUGCAGGCAUGUGGGCCAGAUCCUGCCCACUCACCGACCUCGCCCAGCCCUCCAGAUAGCCACACAUUCUACGAACUGAUCAGCGAUUUCUUGGCUUUGGUGAAUUUUUUUCCCCUGAGUAUGAGAUUAAAAUCCCGCUCCUAAAGUGUAGCGGCUAGCGAAAAUGUGCUGUUCUUCUUAGUCCUUCCCAUCCCCUUUGUCUUUGGCCCCACACGCCUGGAAUAUAGCCCCUAAGCAGCUGGAUUCAGCCUGCGAGCCAGAAGGGGUUCAACUGCCUGCUGCAACCAGAGUUUGGAGCUCAGCCUUGUACACUGGGCCUCUUUCUGGAAACCUCAGACUCCUCCUGAUGAAGAAGGGUGUUCUCUCCUUUCCUCUAAACUGGGUCACCAGUCUGCCUGUCCUAUUUUGAGGUUUUCUCUGGAAAGUUGCACCAUGUUGUCAGCAGGGUGAUGACAGCAGUCAGUGCAGUGUGACUGUAGCAGAAGCCAAAGAGCAGAGUUGGACCCUCGCUGGUCCCUGCAGUGACAAAGGAGCAUCUAUGGAUGGACGGAGAGAAGGGCGAACCAGGAUUUUUAAAAUUCCAACGGGGAUCACUUUCACCCUGUUGAUAACUUGAUACAUUUAUUUUUGAUAAAUAACUUGAUAACCCCUAUUUUUUAAGAAAUACUGAGAUUUUUCAAAGAUGUUAUGCAGCAGGCGGUGGAGCAGAGGUUUAGUGCCCCAGACAAAAGAUCUGGAGCUCUGGGUUUCAUGGUCAGUUAUGCCCCCCCCACCAGCUCUGCUUCCAGGCAUGCAUGGAUAGGAUUACGCCAUCAGGCAACUGCACAGUAGGGAGGAAGAGGAGGGUGCCCUUGAGGAGAGGAGCUUGCCAAGCCUGAGCACAACUUGCCCAAAGCUCCCAGCCCUGAAAAAACCUGGAACUUCCGGAGGGCAGAAUAUUGUCUCUGCAUAAUGAAACAUGCCCACCAAGCUCAGUGUGGAAGCUUAGCACAAUGAACCUCCUCUGAACAGCAGAGGAAAGAGAGAAGGCCAGAACAGCGACUCGUUCAGAGAUUCAGUGGGCAGCCGCUUCAGCAGGUGCGCAGGAGCCUUCCAUGACUGAAUGCAUGUCUUUCUGCCAGCACCUUAGCAGCUCCCAUGGGGGAUUUGGGUUGAGCAGCUGACGGGUCAAGAGCAUCCUAGUUUUGAGGUUACAGGAUUUUGUACAGAGAGCACAACUUCUCAUGCCCACUUUUCUCUUUCUUUCCGU